GCCCACUGUGUCGAAAUAGCGAAAACCAGAAAUCCCAAAUCUAUGAACAUUCAGAAAUACUAGGUGCUAAAAAACUUAUAUGAGCAACUAUAAAUAAAUAAACUAUAUAUUAUUGUUCAGCUAUUGUACCGAUCAUAAUCUGAAAUCUCAUACAUAUACUGAAUAUUUCUUUGCAGAAGAAGUUCGAAGCAGUGUUCAUGGCUGGAAUAACAGAAAACGGAAGAAGAAUCAUGGUAGCUAUUGACGAAGGAGACGAGAGUAUUUACGCUCUGACAUGGAGUUUGAAGAAUUUGAUUUUUCAAAAUUCGAAAGAUCAUCUUAUUCUCAUCUACGUUAAGCCUCCUCGUGUCGUUUACUCAGCCUUCGACGGCACAGGAUAUCUUUUUUCGUCCGAUGUAACGGCAACGAUGGAGAAGUAUAGCCAACAAGUUGCUGAAUCAGUUUUGGAGAAAGCCAAGUUACUCUGUAACAACGUCCAAAAUGUGGAGACGAGGAUAGAGAAUGGUGACCCUCGCGACGUGAUUUGCCAGGCGGUUCAGAGAUUGGGGGUUGAUAUCUUGGUGAUGGGAAGCCAUGGAUAUGGUGUUAUUAAGAGGGCUUUUCUGGGAAGUGUGAGCAACCACUGUGCACAGAAUGUGAAGUGCCCUGUUUUGAUUGUCAAGAAGCCAAAAUCAACCGAUGGAGAAGAUAAUUAAUAAUAUCUAGUCAUUCCUUUGGCUUCUUUUUGUUUUUGUAUGUAAAUAAAUAUAAAUACUUUGCUUCUGUUGCGGUUGCUAUGAGCAAGUGUCUUUUGGGUUGUGCCAAUUUUGUUUCUUUCUUUUAUGAAGAAAGUGAUGUGUUUUUUAUUUAUAAUUAUUAAAGUGGAUUUUUAUUAUUUUUUA